ACCUGAGAGUGCGUCGUCCGGUGCUGGCAGGAACCGCAACGAGCGGCCGAUGGGCGAACCGAUGGUGCUGCAGCCCGCCUGCAGCUGGGCUCAGUGGGGCUGGAGCGAGUCGGACACCUCUGACUUCUCGGUCCUCUCCACCUCACCAGACGCCGACUCCUGCCUAACCAGCUGCUCUGACGGCGACUCCAUCGACUGCCUGAGCCCCACAUUCUACCUGGAGGAGUUCUUCUCCAGCUUGGAGGACGUGGACUGCAGUGCGGCCGACGAUGAUGGCCUAAUCGACUCCACAAUGAGCAUGUGCGACCGCUUGCUGAGCGUGCCACCUGCCAGCCCACCGCCGCCGCCGCCGCCUCCUCCUCCCCCGCCGCCGCCGCAGCCGAGCGCACGCGACAUGGUCGUCCUCGGCAUCAACCUGUUCAACCUGACGCACUGCACGGGCGAGCCGGCGGCGGGCCGGGCGCCGGCGGCGCUCGUGACGCACGACUACAGCAGUCAGCUGGUCCGGCCCGAGGACAAGGUGUUCGCCUGCCAGCACCCGGGCUGCGGCAAGCUGUACGCCAAGUCGUCGCACCUGAAGGCGCACAUGCGCCGCCACACGGGCGAGAAGCCGUUCGCGUGCGGCUGGACCGGCUGCGGCUGGAAGUUCUCGCGCUCGGACGAGCUGGCGCGCCACCGACGCUCGCACUACGGCAUCAAACCGUACUCGUGUGUCGUCUGUCAGAAGGCGUUCACACGGUCCGACCAUCUCGCCAAACACACCAAGGUACACCGACGCGGCCGCCACCUGCACCGCGUGAGGACAGCGCACCACCCGGCCAGGAAGGCGUGAGGACGGCGCCAGGAAUGCAUGAGGAAUGAGGACGGCGCGCGAGACCACCGCGAAUGCAUGGGAACUGAGGACGGUCCACCACGCCGCUAGAAAGACACGAGGACGCUGUCUGGUGCCAGGAAAGCCGAAUGCCUGUUUGCAUAUCUGUUCGUCAUUGCAUCGUAUUGGUUGAAAUACGGGACCAUGACUUGUAUUGAUACGUUUUACACGCUAAUAAGGGCGACCCCUCGAUCAGCCGCCAGAAGUUGAUCGUAACUGAAAGGCGAUCCGUUUGUUGCUGGAAGUAACAUGAUAUCUGGUGCGCAUCUCCGAUGCUGUCUGGCUGUGCCCCCAUGGCCACCACUGCACGUGAUGAUGGCAUGACAUGCAAGGAAUGCCUGGCACCAGACCAGCAGGAAGUGGUGUUAUAUUUCUAUCGUGGCAUCAAAUGCAAGACGAAGUCGCUGCUUCUCCGGUGUCGUCCCGGAUAGCGUCACCAAAGAGGGUCUGUUUGUGUACGGAUGGCUGGGUGUCUGCUCCGUUUGGAGGGCAAAGAGGUCGCUCGGUGCCGCUCCCCCCGACGGCCGCGUGGUAAGACGUCGACCCCCCAAACUGUUCGAUUGUUUAGAUAAGUCGGUACGGCGCAAAUGAAGCCGCCACCACGUCAUUGUUUUGUUUGAUGUCAUUCCAUACGUCGCAUUCCAUCGGCAGAAAUGCCGCACAUACGCAGUAAACGUGUGAAUAUCUUAUCAUUGUUGCAUGGUGUACAAUUAGUAUGCAUGACUAUAUAUCAUACCCGUCUAUAACAAUGCCAUACCAUGCCAAGUUUGGACGCGCUCUUGAAUUCUUUCUGUUGUUCAAACAUACCAGAUAGUUGAACAUUAAAUGUGUUGAUGUCACCUGUUACUGCUGAAAUGAAAUUGCGACAACGGAGCGCAUAAUAUUACCAUCGAUA